AUGGGGCUCGUGUCACAUUUGUACGACAGGAAGGAUGGAAAAUUCGUGUGUAAGAUCUGUAAAAAGGAAUACGUCAAGUCGAAAUCUGGUACAAUUUUUAAAUAUAUUUUGAAAAACUAGUUUUUUCGAAUAUUGAUAUUUUUUUUAAUGGUUACCAUUAUGUCUCGAAAAAAAAACUUCCAAGUCAGAGGUUACAAAGGCUUUGAGACUUAAUUUUUUAAAAAAAGCAUCAAAAAGCGCAUUAGUACGAUGGUACGAUUUUACCUCAAGUCCGCAAAUCUCCGAAAACCACUUAUCUCCGAAAACAAAAAAAUUCAAUUUUCUUUCUCUUUUUUUUGUACUCUGAGAUAACGGCUCCGGAGAUUUGCGGACUUGAGGUAAAAUCGUACCAUCAUUAGUACGGUUUAUAAUCUUUCAGGUUCGACUUUCUCUCUCAUCAAUCACAUCAAAAAGCUUCACCCUCAUGACUAUGAGAAAGCUGAAUUGAUAAGUGGACGCCCCCGGAAGAAGCCUCUCCAAACGCUUGAUUCCCCAUUGGCAGGAAAUGAACAGAUGACCGAAAGCUUUUUCGAACCCCAAAAAUUGGCGGAGGACGGUGAGGAGUCUUCAGAGAUCACCCGUGCCAUCACCGAAAUGAUCGUUAUCGACUUAAUGCCGUUCUCAACAGUUCAAAAGAAAGGGUUCCGUCAACUUCUUUCGAUCCUCAAGCCAAACUACCGACUUCCGUCCCGAUGGUCGUUCACUCGAACAGAACUUCCUCAAUUGCACGCCUUAAUACGGGAACGAGUUCAAGAAGAACUGGACGCCGCCGAGCACGUGGUUAUUUGUUUCGACUUGUGGAGCGAUGAAGGCUCACUUCACGAAGUAUUCGGCGUAUUCGCCUAUUUUCUCAAGGAGAAAACGGUCGUUCAGCGCCUCAUUGGAGUCAUCAACAGCCGAGAGCAGUGCCCUACCGAAGUCAACAUCGCCAACAAAACAAAAGAACUGCUCGACGAGUUUGGGAUUACGACAAAAGUUGUUGCCGCUGUAAGAGAUGGAGCCUCGAACGCAGUCAAAGCGUGUGACGUUCUUCCGUAUGAGAGUUUCGAUUGCUUGAAUCACAAUAUUCACCUUGCGGCUGCUGAGGGAAUCAAGACCAUCAUAGGACUAUCAGAGGUUCUCGAGAACUACAAAAAGAUUGUGAGAAAAUUGAAAAAGUCUUCGUUGGAUCAGAAGGGAUUCGAGCGCAUUCAAGAGGUUCUUGAAGAAUCAAAGCUCCACCUGACGAAAAACUCCCCACUGAGGUGGUGCCACUUGCGCGAUAUGUUCGUUCGUGCUCUGAGAUGCAAGGAGUCUAUAUCUAUACUCUUGGAGCGACGACCCGACCUUCCUCAACUCAGCGAAUCAGACUGGAGCUUGAUGGAAUCGACUUGCAAGCUUCUAAAACCGCUUUCCGAUCAAUCGGACGUUCAGGUUAUUAUAGAUUUAUUUGAGAUUUUUAAAAAUAAAGUUUAUAGAGACGUGGUUCGAGCGCUUCGGCUGUCAUCCCUAUUUGUCACUAUUUGGUUCACGUGAUGCGAAACAGGACCGAUGAACCCAGUUUGGCCAUUGCUGAAAGAAUGGCUUCGGAACUGAAUAAGUACGAAAGAACCGAUUAUCUUCUUGUCUCCACCUUCCUCGAUCCACAGUAUAAGGUGAGAAAAACUUUUUUCAUUUAUAAAAUUAUAAAUUUCAGGACUCUUUUUGCGAUGAAAAAAACUGAAGAGGGCUUUGAUUGAAACGAUUGUUGAAACAAACGUCAACUGUGUGGAAGGUUGGUUACUAUUAGUACAUAAUCAUUUCGAAAAUGAACAGUCAAAACUGAGCCAGCAGAUGAUGAGCCUCCGUGCAAGAAACCAACGGACGAUUUCGCCGAGUUUAUCAGAGUGAUAACAACAAAAUUAGUCCGUUAAAUUUAAUGUUUCAGGAACGGACGAACCCUCGGCCCAAAACUGCGGCUCAAAUUGACAUCGAACUCGCGGCAAGGAUUGUAAGUGAAUCUUUAAGCCUUUAGAUGCCAUAUAUAACAAGUUCAGGAGCUCGAUCGAUUUCUCGCCAUGCCGGUCGAGGUCGACUCGAAUGCGGUCGACUUUUGGACCAACCCGCUGACCAUUUCUCAGCUUCCUCUUUUCUCUCGCCACGCUAUGAAAUAUAUUAUCUGCCCUCCAGGAUCUGGCGAAAUUGAAAGAGUUUUUAGCACCGAAAGUUGCGACAAGUUGCGAAAAAGCCUUUCGGUUGAAAAUUUUGAAAAGCUCUUGUUUUUAUCUAAGAAUUUACCUCUCAUGAAGUGA